GACUAACGGUUUUAAAUUGGGUAUUGAUAGCAGUAAUAGUUUUCCCUUUGACCAGGUAAACUUGGGGUAUCUGUUUACACGGUAAUUUUAUACAGGUGUAAUACAGUCUCUAUGUACAUAAUUAUGAUAGGAUAGCACAGAAUAAACAGUCACUAGGAACAGGAAAGGAAGAUAAGAAGAAGACAUGGGACUGCUUAAACGUCUUUUUGAAGAACUUCCAGAUGACGUCAUCUGUUCUCUCUGUAACGAGGUUUUCCUUGACCCAAGAGUUUUGCAGUGUAACCACAUGUUUUGCAGCGCGUGCUUAGUACGCAGAUCUGCAAAAUUAAAGGCUGAUAUCUGUCCAACAUGCGAAACGCCUUACCAUGGGCCUUCUUGUAGACAAGCUGACGAGGGAUUCAAGUUAAAACUACUGAACCUUAAUGCUAUAUGUAACUACAAAUGUGGCAUGAAAAUUAAAAUGGCGCAUCUACCAGAACAUCUUAAAGACGAAUGUCAACAAGCACCAGUGUCAUGUCCCAAUGCGAUCAAAGGAUGUAAGAAAAAGGUGAAACGGUGUGAUCUGAAUAAACACAUUGACGAAUGCAAUUUUCGAGUUGUAACUUGUGAAGCAUGUGGGCAUGUAACUAUUUUCCAAGACCUUUUCACACACCAAAGUAGAAAAAAAUGUCUAGAGCGUAAGCUUAAACAACAAGUUAUAAGGGAAUUAAGACAUGCUCAUCACGAAGUAAUAAACCACAGGUCAAAUGUCAAAAGAGAUCAUAUACGCCUAGACAUAGAACAAACCAAGAGAGUACUCCAACAUGCCCGUUAUCUCCAAGAACGAAAACAUAAACUCCAUCAGUUACUGCUUUCACAAAACAAUAAUGAUGCCAUAAACAGUGAAUCUGAAGACAGUUUUUUCUUGACCGACCUAGAAGAAUUGAAAAACAAAGAUAAGUCUUUAUCCUCAACUCCUGUUCACUCUAGAUCUACGGUUGGAUCACAGCAGUGUGAUAGGUGCCUUAAGCAUUUCUUCCCAGGAAAGAACCAUGGAAAUUCUUGUCGGUGGCAUGAAGGGGUACGUAUACAUUUCGAAAAUAUUUUUUGUAAUGAUCAAACAUCUCACACGUUGUUAAUUGUCAGUAGAAUGCAUCUAAAGGGUUUCAAAUAUUACAUUCUGAUACUAUGUUUUUUGUUGUAG